AUUUCAGCAGGGAUGGCUUUUCUUACUGUAAGAAUAUAGGGACCAAUUUGAAAGCACACGAGCGUUGUACUGAGCAUGUAGAAAACAUGGAGAGUUGGCGCCACAUUGCGGAAAGAUUGAAAACAAUCACAACCAUUGACGCUAUCAACCAGACUGGCGGCAAGGUGGAUCGCAUCCUGACAAAGCCCCUGGGAAGAAGUGCUGGCUUGGUUGCUCUGGGUGUUGCCUAAUUCAAAGGUACUAGAGGGCUGGGGUUCAAGUCCUUAUUUCAUCUCCUGAAGUUGUUUUCACUUUAUCACCUAUCGGUUCUUAUUUACGUGUGUAGAUGGAUAACUUCAAUCAAGGUAGAGGGAUGGAGUACUUCCAACUAGAUGGGGAGGCGCUCACCCAUAUUGCCAUGAUGACCCAGGACCAUUACUCAGUGAAAUUGGGCAUCUACUCAGACCUGGGCUGCACAAUUGUUCAGAUGCAGCAUGAUGUCAGUAUGUUUGUGUUCCUCCCUGAUGAGGUCACUGCCAACAUGACCCUGGUGAAGGAGAGACUGACGGCCGAGUUUGUCCAGGACCUCUCCAUGACCCUUCAGCCUGUGAAGGUGGCCCUCAAACUUCCUUUCAAGAGUUCAGCUACUCCACUGGCCUGCUGCCUCUGCUCACUGACCAGGGUGAGUACUCAUUCAUCCCACCUCAUACGGUCUUAGAAUUGUUCUCUGCCCUCCUCCUCUACCGCCCUCUUCUCAACCCUUAGGACCAAUAAAACUCAACACUUUAGGAUUAAAGUAAAAUAACUAUUCUAAAAAAGAAAUUUAAGGGUGUGUAAGUUCUUGUCGACUAUCUGGUCCUUCUUCUACAGUCUUUGAUUUCAGAAGUGAAAGCACACGAGCGUUGUACUCAAGAGCACAGUCAGAUUUUUUUUCACCUAGUCAGUUUGAACCAGCGACCUUUCGGUUACUGGCCCAACACUCUUAAC